AUGAGGGUCAAUCGUCUCGCUAUUGCAACCUGUUCGCUUGGUUUGCACCCAUCACACACACUGCCAUUGAAAAUACAAAGUGCUGCCAGCGCGGGGUUCGCAGGUAUAGAGCUCUUCUAUUCAGAUUUACAGCAAUACGCCCAGGAUAGUGCCAAGUCAUUACUCGACGCCGCACUGCAAGUCAAAGAACUAUGCAGCAAGGAGGGUAUCACCAUAGUCACCUUCGGUCCUAUGACGAACUUCGAGGGCUGCCUCUCACCUUUAUCAAGCCGCUUGAAGGUUGCAAGCGAGUGGAUUGCUAUUGCGAGGGUGUUGGAGACCACCGUCAUUCGAAUCCCGAGUGCCACAGACGAAAAUGCCUCGGGGGACGAGGACCUGAUCAUCACCGAACUUCGCGCGCUGUGUGCACUUGGAGCGGAGGGCGGUAACCCGAUAUCCUUCGCGUAUGAGUCAUUGUCGUACGGCACCCAUGCCGCCCUCUGGGAAGACUCGCUGCGCCUGGCCCAAUUGGUCGAUCGUCCCAAUUUCGGGCUUUGCCUGGACACCUUCCAUGUGUGCGCCAGGGUAUGGGCCAACCCACAGACCUCAUCAGGAAAAAUCCCUGGAGGCACAGCCGCACUUGGGGCGAGUUUAAAGAGAUUUGUGAAGGAAUGUCCGAUGGACAAGGUUUUCAUAGUGCAGUUGAGUGACGCGGAGAGGAUGGACCCGCCUAUCCUGCCGGGACACGCAGCCUAUGAAGAGGGUAAAGACGCGGUGGCGUGUUGGAGUGGAUAUGGACGGUUAUUUCCCCUGGAGGAGGAGAAGGGCAUUUACCUGCCAGUGGUCGAUGUGGCCAAGACAUGGCUGGUAGACAAGGCGUGGGGUGGAUGGAUAAGCUUAGAGGUCUUCCAUCGAGAAAUGAAGGAACAGUCUAUGGGACCAGGGGUAUUGGCAAGGCGAGGGAUGCAGUCGUGGGAAAGACUGAGAAAGUCAAUUGGGUUGGAGAUGUAG